CCCCAUUCCUUUUCCCCCCCUGCCUGGGGCUGGGGCUGAGCAGACGACCGGGAGCUCUCGAGGUGUCUGGAGGCCUAGUGACCCCUGGACCCAGGAGGCCCAAGGAGCUGGAGGUGACCUUGAGGCAGCAAGACCCCAGAGGAAGGGUGCAAACCCUGCGGACGACUGUGCGGUACCCCAGUCUGGGCUCCUGUUAGGAGGGGGUGCCUGUGCCCAGGCAGCGGCUCAGAGGCAGCUGCUCCAUGCAGAACUGAAGCUGGUCCUGCAGCAGAAGGGGGAGAGGAAGCAGGAGCCUGGGGCCCAGGUGACUCCCAGAGGUGCCAUGGAGGCCAGGAGCCGGAGUGCUGAGGAGCUGAGGCGGGCGGAGUUGGUGGAGAUCAUCGUGGAGACCGAGGCGCAGACCGGGGUCAGCGGCAUCAACGUCGCAGGCGGCGGCAAGGAGGGAAUCUUUGUCCGCGAGCUUCGGGAGGACUCGCCCGCGGCCAGGAGCCUCAGCCUGCAGGAAGGGGACCAGCUGCUGAGCGCCCGGGUGUUCUUCGAGAACUUCAAAUACGAGGACGCACUACGCCUGCUGCAAUGUGCCGAGCCUUACAAGGUCUCCUUCUGCCUGAAGCGCACUGUGCCCACCGGGGACCUGGCGCUGCGGCCUGGGACCGUGGCCGGCUACGAGAUCAAGGGCCCACGGGCCAAGGUGGCCAAGCUGAACAUCCAGAGUCUGUCCCCUGUGAAGAAGAAGAAGAUGGUGAUGCCCGGGGCCCUGGGGGCCCCUGCAGACCUGGCCCCUGUUGACGUCGAAUUCUCCUUUCCCAAGUUCUCCCGUCUGCGUCGGGGCCUCAAAGCAGAGGCUGCCAAGGGUCCUGUCCCAGCCGCCCCAACCCGCCGGCGCCUCCAGCUGCCUCGGCUGCGCGUCCGGGAAGUGGCGGAAGAGGCCCAGGUGGCCCGGCUGGCCGCUGCUGCUCCUCCCCCAAGGAAAGCCAAGGUGGAGGCUGAGGUGGCAGCAGGAGCCCGCUUCACAGCCCCCCAGGUGGAGCUGGUUGGGCCCCGGCUGCCAGGUGCCGAGGUGGGUGUCCCCCAGGUCUCAGCCCCCAAGGGGCUGGGAGAGGUGACCCUCCACCUGCCAACCCUUGGACUAGGUGCCCCAGCUGCACCUGCUGUGGAGCCCACAGCCGUAGGGAUCCAGGUCCCCCAAGUGGAGCUGCCCACCUUGCCCUCGCUACCCACCCUGCCCACGCUCCCCUGCCUGGAAACCCGGGAAGGGGCUGUGGCAGUGACGGUGCCCACCCUGGAUGUGGCAGCGCCUACGGUAGGAGUGGACCUGGCCUUGCCGGGUGUGGAGGUGGAGGCCCGAGGAGAGGCACCUGAGGUGGCCCUAAAGAUGCCCCGCCUCAGUUUCCCUCGCUUUGGGGCUCGAGCAAAGGAAGUUGCUGAGGCCAAGGUGGCCAAGGACAGCCCCGAGGCCAGGGCAAAGGGGCCUAGACUUCGAAUGCCCACCUUCGGGCUUUCUCUGCUGGAGCCCCGACCUGCUGCCGCCGAAGCUGCUGUUGAGAGCAAGCUGAAGCUGCCCACCAUCAAGAUGCCCUCCUUUGGCAUUGGGGUCUCGGCCCCUGAGGUCAAGAUGCCCAAGGGGCCUGAGGUGAAGCUCCCUAAGGCUCCUGAGGUGAAGCUCCCGAAGGUGCCGGAGGCAGCCCUCCCAGAUGUGCAACUCCCAGAGGUGGAGCUCCCCAAAGUGUCUGAGAUGAAGCUCCCAAAGGUGCCAGAGAUGGCCGUGCCCGAGGUGCGGCUCCCAGAAGUACAGCUCCCCAAAGUUCCAGAGAUGAAGCUCCCCGAGAUGAAGCUCCCAAAGGUACCCGAGAUGGCCGUGCCCGAGGUGCGGCUCCCAGAAGUACAGCUCCCCAAAGUUCCAGAGAUGAAGCUCCCCGAGAUGAAGCUCCCGAAGGUGCCCGAGAUGGCCGUGCCCGAGGUGCGGCUCCCAGAAGUACAGCUCCCCAAAGUUCCAGAGAUGAAGCUCCCCGAGGUGAAGCUCCCGAAGGUGCCCGAGAUGGCUGUGCCUGACGUGCGGCUCCCAGAAGUACAGUUCCCCAAGGUUCCAGAGAUGAAGCUCCCCGAGAUGAAGCUCCCGAAGGUGCCUGAGAUGAAGCUCCCGAAAGUGCCCGAGAUGGCCGUGCCCGAGGUGCAUCUCCCAGAAGUACAGCUCCCCAAAGUCCCCGAGAUGAAGCUCCCCGAGGUGAAGCUCCCGAAGAUGCCCGAGAUGGCUGUGCCCGAGGUGCGGCUCCCGGAGGUACAGUUGCCAAAGGUCUCAGAGAUGAAAGUCCCCGAGAUGAAACUCCCCGAGAUAAAGCUCCCCAAGGUGCCUGAGAUGGCCGUGCCUGAUGUCCACCUCCCGGAGGUGCAGCUGCCAAAGGUGUCGGAGAUGAGGCUGCCGGAAAUGCAGGUGCCAAAGGCCCCAGAGGUGCAUCUGCCAAAGGUCCCAGAGGUGAAGCUGCCCAAGGCCCCGGAGGUGCAGCUCAAAGGGGAACAGGCAGAGAGGGUGGAAUUUGGCAUCAAGCUGCCCAAGAUGACCAUGCCCAAGCUAGGGAGGGCGGAGUCCCCAUCACGAGGCAAGCCGGGUGAGGCAGGGGCUGAGGUCUCUGGGAAGCUGCUCACGCUUCCCUGUCUGCAGCCGGAAGUGGGCCCCGAGGCUCGAGCGGGUGUCCCCUCUCUCACGCUGCCCUCCGUGGAGCUAGACCUGCCAAGGGUCCUCAGUCCGGAGGCGCAGGUCCCAGCGGCCGCCGUGGGCAAGGUGGAGCGGCCAGAGGGCCCUGGGGGAGCCGCGGGGGUCGGGGAGGCGGCCUUUCGGAUGCCCUCGGUUGAAAUCGCCCCUCCGCAGCUGCCCUCGGGGGAGGUGGAGGUGGAGGGGCGGCUAGAGGAGAUGGAGAUGAAAGUCAAGCCCUCCUCCAAGUUCUCCCUGCCCAAGUUUGGACUCUCGGGGCCCAAAGUGGCCAAGGCCGAGGCCGAGGCGCCCGGGCGGGCCACCAAGCCGAAGGUGUCCAAGUUCACCAUCUCACUCCCCAAGGCCCGAGCGGGGACUGAAGCCGAGGCCAAAGGGGCAGGAGAGGCAGCAGGCCUGCUGCCCGCCCUCGAUCUGUCCAUCCCGCAGCUCGGCCUGGAUGCCCAUCUGCCCACAAGCAAGGUGGAGGUGGCAGGGGCUGACGUCAAGGUCAAGGGGCCCAGGUUUGCCCUGCCCAAGUUUGGGGUCAGAGGCCGGGACGCUGAGGCGGGAGAACUAGCGCCAGGGGUGGGCGAGUUGGAGGCCAAGGGCUGGGGUUGGGAUGGGAAGGUGAAGAUGCCUAAGCUGAAGAUGCCCUCCUUCGGGCUGGCUCGGGGGAAGGAAGCGGAAGUCCAGGGUGGGCGUGUCAGCCCGGGAGAAAAGCCAGAGCCCACGGCAGGGCCGCUUAAGAUCCCCGAGGUGGAGCUGGUCACCCUGGGGGCCCAGGAGGAAGGCAGGGCCGAGGGGGCAGUGGCUGUCGGUGGAGUUCGGCUGUCAGGCCCGCAAGUGUCCACGACCAGACAGGCAGGCGCCGAGGGCCAGGAGGGGGCGCUGAGGAUGCCCCUGGGCAUCUCCUUGCCCCAGGUGGAGCUGGCCAGCUUCGGGGAGGCCGGCCCAGGCGCCACCCCGGGGCAGCAGGUCAAGGGCGCGGCUCCUUCAGCAGAGGGCACAGCAGGCUACAGGGUCCAGGUGCCCCAGGUGACCUUGUCUCUGCCUGGAGCCCAGGUGGCAGGUGGGGAGCUGUUGGUAGGUGAGGGCGUCUUCAAGAUGCCCGCCGUGACAGUGCCUCAGCUUGAGUUGGACGUGGGGCUGGGCCGAGAGGCGCAGGUGGGUGAGGCAGCCACAGGUGACGGUGGCUUGAGGCUGAAGAUGCCCACACUGGGGGCCAGAGCUGAGGCCGGAGAAGAGGGGCCCGGAGAGCAAUCCCCGGGGGCCGAGCGCACCUUCCACCUCUCCCUGCCGGAUGUGGAGCUCUCACCGCCCGCCGUGGGCAGCCACGCUGAGUACCAGGUGGCAGAGGGCGACGGGGAGGCGGGACACAAGCUCAAGGUGAGGCUGCCCCGGUUUGGCCUGGCUCGGGCCAAGGAGGGCAUUGAGGAGGGUGAGAAGACCAAGAGCCCCAAACUCAGGCUGCCCCGAGUGGGCUUCAGCCAGAGCGAGGCGGUCACUGGGGAAGGCUCCCCCAGCCCCGAGGAGGACGAGGAGGAGGGUGGCGGGGAGGGGGCCUCUGGGCGCCGAGGCAGAGUCCGAGUCCGCUUGCCCCGCGUGGGCCUGGCUACCCCGUCCAAGGCCUCUCGGGGACAGGAGGGCGAGGCAGCCCCCAAGUCCCCCAGCGGGGAGAAGUCACCCAAGUUCCGUUUCCCCCGGGUGUCCCUAAGCCCCAAGGCCCGGAGUGGGAGUGGGGACCACGAAGAGGGUGGAUUCCGGGUCCGGCUGCCUAGUGUGGGGUUUUCGGAGACAGGGGCUCCGGGCCCUGCCAGGAUGGAGGGGGCUCAGGCUGCAGUGGUCUGAAGCCGCAGGGCAGAGGGAGAGUCCCCUCCCCUCCUCCUGUUCCCACCUCCUCCUUGUUUUGUGUGUGAGAUAACUAGCACUAACCCUCAGAGGGCCGGGAGGUGGGUGACUGUCGGGACAGGGCGGGGGGGGCCUCGUGCCCGGCUCAUUGGCAGGAGUACCUGUAUCUUGCCAAGCCAUGUGAAUAAAGUAAUCCCGAGAUA